AUGGCACAUCCCUCACAGCUAGGAUUUCAAGAUGCAGCUUCACCUGUUAUAGAAGAACUUCUUCAUUUCCACGACCACGCCUUAAUAAUUGUGUUUUUAAUUAGCACCCUAGUGCUUUACAUUAUUGUGGCUAUAGUCACCACUAAACUUACUAAUAAAUAUAUUCUAGACUCCCAAGAAAUUGAGAUUAUUUGAACUGUUCUCCCAGCAGUUAUUCUUAUUCUUAUUGCCCUCCCCUCCCUUCGUAUUCUUUAUCUUAUAGAUGAAAUUAACGACCCCCACCUGACAAUUAAAGCCAUAGGACACCAAUGAUACUGAAGCUACGAGUAUACAGACUACGAGGAUCUUGGCUUCGACUCCUAUAUAAUCCCUACACAAGAUCUCACCCCUGGCCAAUUCCGUCUACUAGAAGCAGACCAUCGAAUAGUCAUCCCAGUUGAAUCCCCUAUUCGUGUAUUAGUUUCCGCCGAGGAUGUUCUCCACUCAUGAGCGGUCCCCGCACUCGGUGUAAAAAUAGACGCAGUUCCUGGUCGCCUUAAUCAAACAGCCUUUAUUGCAUCCCGACCAGGAGUCUUCUAUGGACAAUGCUCUGAAAUUUGUGGGGCAAAUCACAGCUUCAUGCCUAUUGUAGUUGAAGCAGUUCCUUUAGAACACUUUGAAAACUGAUCAUCCCUAAUACUUGAAGACGCCU